AUGGCGGAGCCAUCACUAUCAACCCCCGAGGUACCAUCUCUCGCGCCAGCUUCAUCUCCCACCGUACCCUCCUCAUCGCGCUCUUCCAAGCUCGAGGUACCCUCGGACUCGAUCGACCUCACGGCAGAUUCUGAUGAUGGAGAGGAAGAGGCGAAGGCCGUACCGGGCACAGAACCCAUUGACGUUGAUGGGGACGGAGGAAACCAAGGAAUAGAGUUGAGUGGCGCACGGGCCAUCACUGGAGGGGACGGAAAUUCUUCCAAUGGGGUCGGUGCGCCCGCGCCCGCAGGUCCUCCGAAGCAGGGGAACAGGCAGUACGAGUUCAAGUCCUGGGAACCCCCAAGCUCGGCCGGGCAGCAGCCCCCACCUUACAGUCAAAACGGAGCAGGAGGGUAUCCUGGUCAGCAUCCUGGACAUCCAGGCCUUUCGCCGAAUCCGCAACACCGUCCGCCGCCUUACCACGGGUACCCACAUCCAGUGGGAAUGAAUGGCUACCCUGGACCAGGCGGGCACGCCGUCCACCCUCCGCAGGGUCACCCUGCCUUCACCUCGGUCUACCCCAGCGUUGCAUCUCCCAACCACCCAUUUACCCGCAGUCCUCUACCUGGUGCGAACGGCAACACGAACGGCGGUCCCCUCUCCUACCUCCCCCUCGGCAGCUCGACGUCCGGCACAAGCUCUGCUCCUAUCGACCUGACGAGCAUACGUAUUCCCUCCCCUCCACCGGCACAGAACCCCAAGCAACCCAUGUGUAUAGGCGCAAUCGUCAGCCGGGCGAUGAUGCUGUACCCCUCGCCAGCGGCUCUGAUAGGUGCGACGGUCCCGCCAGGAAGCAGGGAGAGGUAUGAGGUGCGGGACUGGAGGGGAGCAGAGUUCUUGAAGGUCAAGCUCAAGCUACGACUGGCUGGCUCAGAGCCGACUCCAGCGAACCCUACGGCCAACACCAGGGUGGACAUGAUCCAGGUCACUACUCCUUCAUUGGCUUCAUACCUCGGAGAUCUCGAUCCUAGUCUCGGCGACGUGCUCAUCCCUCACAUGAAGCGAGGCUUGCUCCGGCUUGAAGGUUUCGUCCAGCGUCUACACCCGGAUGCUCCCCAAUUCGAGAUCCGAGUCAACGUCCUCCUUUUCACCCUCCCUUCCAACAUCAAAUACAUCUCCACCGCGCUCCUCAAAAACGGCUUCUACCUCACCGAUCCACUCCCUCCAUACGAAGGCGAACGACAUGCCGACUGCCCGCCUUACCAAAACGCCCACAUGGCAGACGAGGAGACUCGGCGGCUAAUCACCGCUCAUGUCGCUCGGAUGUCUGGCCUGCAGGGUCGACCAUCCGGAUUUGCGCUCCCUGGACUGGCGUUUGGGCAAAUGGACAAAGCCAAGCAGGUCGAGGUACAGCGGCAACAAGUGGAUGAUGUGUUCAAAUCGUUGGAUACUGGUGUGGAACUGGAGCAGUCAGAUCCAGGAUCACUCAUCGAGACCGAUCUAUUCCCACAUCAGCGAAAAGCGCUGACCUUCCUGUUGGAACGAGAAGGAGAUGCGUCGGCGCUGAAGGAGGCGCGGAGAUUGCACGAGAAGAAGAUGGUGAAGAAGGCCAAGAAGCGGGCAAAGAAGGAGCAGAGCGCGUCGGUCGCGGGGAGUGUGAAUGGGGAUGACGACAAGAGUCGGGAUGGGGAGAAGGAGGAGGAGGCUACAGAAGGCAAGAAGAGCAAAAAGGGCAAGGGGAAGAAGCACCUGGGACGGUCAUUGUGGGAGCCGAUGCCGGAUGAGAAUGGGCGGGUGAGACUGUGGCGGAACAAGAUUACGGACGAGAAGAGGAGGGGGAAGGAGGUGCCGGACGAAGGCAAGGGAGCUAUUUUGGCCGAUGAUAUGGGUCUUGGAAAGACGCUAUCCAUCGUUUCGCUCAUCGCGGCUACACGAGAUUCCGCUCUAGAUUGGGCCAGAUCGAAAUCCGCCGGUUCGGAUAUCGAGAUGGAGGAAGUCAAGCCCGAGUAUAGCGCGUCCACCUUCAAGGGUCGCGUCUUUGGCAUGCCCGAGAUCGAGACGGAGGCAGAUGUCAAACCUUCCGCCAAGAAGCGGAAGCGGGAGGAGGCGGAUGAGAAGAAUGCGGCGGCGCGUCAGGCUCGGAUCAAGGUCCGGUCCCGCGGGAAUCUGCUGCUCUGCCCCAUGUCGACCAUCACCAACUGGGAGGAUCAGAUCAAGGAGCACUGGAAUGGCGAGGUGCAGAUCGUCGGAGGGAGCGGGAUGGCACCCAAGGACUGUCCGCCACGUAAGAAAAACAUCACCAAGCGGAAUGGCGAGGAAUCGACAGACGAGGACGACGCAGACUUUGAUGUUCUCCGAGUAUACAUCUACCACGGCGCCGCCAAGAUCAACGAUCCGGCCUUCCUCGCGGACUUUGAUAUUGUCAUUACGUCGUACAAUACCCUUGCGAUCGAGUUUAGCAAGAUGUCGGCGGCGGUCACGGAAGACCCGACACCGGCCGAGACGGCCAACAAUAGCGAUGAUGAGGUGGUGGUUUUGGGAGACACGGCGACGAAUUCGAGGGCGGUCAGGCCGGAGGUGGAGGCGGAGAUCAAGGCGGCCGAGGUGGCUGAUAGGUUGAGGAAGGCUGAAGCGAAGAAGAAGGGGAAGGGAGGGCCGAAGAAGGUGGAGAGCAGUGCAUUGCAGGCGGUAGAAUGGUUCAGGAUCGUUCUGGACGAGGCUCAUUACAUCAAGUCAGCGUCGACUGUGGCGUCCAAAGCAGCUUGCUACCUCGCUGCUGACCGCCGAAUCGCCCUCACCGGUACUCCCAUCCAAAACAAAAUCGAAGACAUUUGGGCACUGUUCAAGUUCCUCCGUCUCGACCCCGUCGACCGGAAAGAAGUGUUCAACGAGUUCAUCUGGAACCCGUGUAAACAGGGAAACUCGGUCGGAGUCGCCAAGCUCCAGCUGGUCAUGCGGUGCUGCACGCUCCGGCGGACCAAAGACUCUGUGGCGGAGGACGGGAGGCGGAUUCUCAACUUGCCGCCGAGGAAGGAGAUGCAGCUCUGGCUGGACCUCCGAGCGGACGAGAGGGAGGUGUAUGAUAAGCGGGCGGUAGCGCUUCGGGCCCGGGUGGAGGAUCUUCGAUCGUCGAACGAGCUCGGCAAGAACUACGCCAACAUCCUUCAAGAGGUCCUCCGGCUUCGGCAGAUCUGCAAUCACGUCGAUCUCGCCAUGCUCGGCGCGGUGGAAGAGGACUAUGACGGGACGGUCAUGGACUAUCAGGUGGCUGUGCAGGGGAUUGAGCGGGCGGGACUGACGCUCGCGAGGGCGCAGUCGGUGGUGUCUUUCCGCAAGGAUGGGGAUGGGGCGCAGUGCGAGACGUGCGGGUUGGACUACAAUGACGCUUUCCCGUCGAUAGGGCUCGGUGGGGUGGAGGAGGAGAAGAAGACUUUGAAGAAGUUGACACAUCGGCCGUUGUUGACCAAGUGUCUGCAUAUGUUUUGUCCCACCUGCUUCAAGUCCGGUAUCUACCCCGAAUACAAGCCUAAGAUGAAGUCCAACCCGAGCCGUCCUUGCUCGGCAUGCGGCGCCGCCCUCCGAUUACCUAUGGACGUCAUCGAGGUCGUCCCGCCCGACUCGGAGCAAGCUGCCGAGAUCGCCGAACAAGCUCCCAAGCGGGCCGCGCGGAAGAAGUACGUUCGCCAGCCGGGCGAGAAACCGAAUCUCUCCACCAAGAUGCAGUUCCUCUUGGAUGACUUGAUGAAGUACUCGAAGCGGAACCCGAAUAGUAUCAACUUCAACCCGAUGGAACUAGAUGGGGAUGCGGAUGGGGUGGAGGAGAUGGAUGCGGAGGGCAAGCCGUUCAUCACCAAAAGCAUCGUCUUCUCGCAAUGGACGACCAUGCUCGAUCGGAUCGGGGACAUGCUUGACGAAGCGAGUAUCCGGUAUGAUCGGCUGGAUGGGACCAUGACCCGCGAAGAUCGUGCGCGGGCCAUGCAGGCGCUCAAGUGUAACAAAAAGAUCGAGGUCCUGCUUGUUUCGACCCGGGCAGGGGGUGUCGGUCUGAACUUGACCACCGCGAGCAGGGCGUAUCUCGUCGAUCCGUACUGGAACCCUUCGGUCGAAGCCCAAGCCAUUGACCGUAUCCACCGAAUGGGCCAGACUCGGCCCGUCACAGCCAUCAAGCUCAUGAUCAAGGACUCGAUCGAGAUGAAGCUGGACGAGAUUCAAAAGAAGAAGGCGAACCUAGCGAAUCUGUCCCUGAAACCCAUGACGCGCAAGGAGUUGAUGGAGCAGAAGGCGGAAGAACUGGCAAGUCUCUUCAGGUGA